GCGGUUCCACCUCUGCUGGGAGGUCUCCCAGGAUUCUGCCAGUUAGCAUUGGCUGUCCUUCUGCAUGCUGUUGAGCUUAUGUGGAGAAGUUGUUGUGGAAGCCACCUAUAAAUCCGUUUACAGAAUUUAUGGAGAAGUCUCCAAAUAAUGGAAGUCAUUCAGAAGAAUUCUUUUCCCAUCUUAAAUGUAGAUCGGAGAAAGAAGAUUUACCAGCUUGUGCCAGUGAAAGUCAUCUCCACUGCCUGAAGCAACACAUUCUAAAUGAAAAGAAUGAAUUGAAAGCAACACUUAAGGAAGCUGAGUUGGCAACCCAUUCUGUAGAAUUACUUUUGCCAUUACUUAAGGAUACCAUUGAAGAGAUUAGUUUUGAAAAUGUGAGUAUAUCACUUGUGAAUAUCUAAUAAAAUGAAAAGCAAAUCACUAAUCUUUUGGAAGACCUGAAGAAAAUGGAAGACCUUGGAAAAAAUUCAUGUGAAGAAAUUCGUAGAAAACUUCACUCAAUUGAAUACGAAAAUGAAACUCUAAAUCUUGAGAAUACAAAAUUAAAGCUUCUUAAACUAUUUAAAUCAGCUUUGCAGCAAUGGGAAGAAUAUUCUGACUUGGCUUAGAUUGAUGGAAAUCACAAUCUUCUGAUGAAGCUUUCUCUGGAAGAGGAAAAUUAUCUUAUUCAGUUGAAGUGCGAAAACCUUAAACAGAAAUUAGAACAGAUGGAUGCAGAAAAUAAAGAGCUUGAAAAGAAGCUGGCAAACCAAGAAGAAUGUCUUAAGCACAGCAAUCUUAAGUUUAAAGAGAAAUCUGCAGAAUAUACAGCAUUGGCCAGGCAACUAGAAGCUGCUUUAGAAGAAGGAAGACAAAAGGUUUCUGAAGAAAUAGAGAAAAUGUCAUCUAGAGAGAGGGCUUUACAAAUUAAAAUACUAGAUCUGGAAACUGAGCUUAGAAAGAAAAAUGAAGAGCAAAAUCAACUUGUUUGCAAAAUAAACAGUAUGAGAGACCAGAUGGAGUCUCAUCUGCAGGAGUUAGAGCAUGUCUGCGAUUCCUUGACGGCAGCUGAACGGAGGCUUCACAAGUGUCAGGAGAAUUUGCAACGCUGCAAGGGGAAGUGUGCAGACCAGGAACACACCAUUAGGGAGCUGCAGGGCCAGGUGUCCAACGGUCGUUCUCAAUUUUGCUAG